AUUGUGACGUACCCAACUGGGUAUGCAAGCAAAACUACUCACUCACUGAGAUAUCAUUUUCUUCUGGCAAUUGAAUUGAACUAGUCGUUUCUUCUCCUCAGCCUCAGCCUCCACUGAACCGAAUAGCCAUCGUUCUCAGAUCCCUCACCGUCACCACCACAACCCUCAACUCUUUCUCUCUCAUCGUUCUCAGCAUCCAAACCAAACACUACUAUCGAUUAAUUUGCAGUUUCAUAGAGAGGACAUCUUUCAUAUUUCAUAGAUCAUCUGUCUGCUUUGUACAGCUAAAAAGAUAAUUCAGGAGCCAAGUUGAUUGAGUAAUAGAGAGAGAUAUCCGGUCCGGAGAUUGGGAGUAGUAAAAAUCAAGCAUAAACAUGGGGUCUUUCAAGGGUCAUGCUUUGCCAGGGACAUUGUUUUUUGUAGUUGGUGUGUGGCAUAUAUGGUGCUCUGUGGUGAGAUACUGGCGCAAUCCUAAGACAUUUCGAGUCCGGGUUUGGAAUCCUGUACCGGGGUUUAAUGGGAGGCUCAAGCACCUGGAGCUCUAUGUUAUUGCAAUUGGCGCUUUUAUUGACAUGUGCAUCGAGCUCUUCUAUUCAACUCACCUCAAGAUAUUUGUUGGUGGAGUCCUUAACCCCUCUCACAUGAAUGACUUUGAGCACUCGGGAAUGCUUUUUAUGUUUUUCAUCUUGGGUGUUGUUAUCAUACUUACCGAAAAGACCAGAUUUGUUCCUUUGCCAGAAGGUGCUCUUUGUCUGAUUGCUGCUGCAGCAUUCUGCACAGAAUAUCUUCUAUUCUACUUUCAUUCAACAACACAUAAGGGCCUUGAAGGCUGUUACCACACCCUCCUUGUCUACCUGAUAGGGCUGUGCAUUUUAUCCUCAGUUGCUGGAGCCCUUUUGCCAACCAGUUUUCCAGUGGAUUUAUGUAAAGGCAUUGCUAUAACACUGCAAGGCAUCUGGUUCUAUCAGACUGCCUUUGUUCUUUAUGGCCCCAUGCUACCGGAUGGUUGUAAGAUAAGGGAUAAUAGUAUCACAUGUCAUUCAGAUGACAGUGAGGUUCGGGGCGAAUUGCUUGCUAGCUUUCAGCUCUUUGUUGCUGUUCUUGUGGUCUUUGUGGGAACUUUAGCAUCCUAUGCUUAUGCAGCUUCAAAAUAUGGGAACUCUCAAGUUACUAACUUGCACAUAAUUCAGGAAGGAUUAGAUCAAGACUGAAGUAGAGUAGGUUAUGCUUUUUUGGUUUCUCUUUAUGGAACUUGUUGGUAGCCUUGUUUCUUAUAGCACAUGUCUGUAGUCUGUACAUUGAAGUGAAAAGGUAAAAAAAACCAUUUUUGUUGUGGAA